UUACGCGCAAACCUUUCAUCCUCGGACAACAAACCAUGGCCGACGCCUCCUCCUCUCUCCCUCUCCUCUCUUCUCUUCUUAUCCCUCUCUUCGUCUUGUUCGCAUCCCUGGCAUGGCGAUGGACCAAGAGUGUUCGCAAAAAUCUCCCGCCGAGCCCCCCUUCGUUCCCCAUCAUCGGCCACCUCCACCUCAUCGCCAAGCUCCCGCCUCAUCGCGCCUUGGCUGCCAUCGCCACCGCCCGCGGCCCCGUCGUACUCCUCCGCCUCGGAUCCCGCCCUGUUCUCCUCGUCUCCUCCGCUCCCGCCGCGGAAGAGUGCUUCACUGCUCACGACGUCGCCUUCGCCAAUCGCCCCAACCUCCUCGCCCCUCAGAUCUUAGGCUUCGUCUGCACCACCAUGGGCUGGACGCCCCACGGCCCCCACUGGCGUGACCUCCGACGCAUCUACGCCGUUCACCUCUUAUCCUCGGCCGCCCUUCGCUCGUCCUCCGACUCACGGACCCGCGUGGUCCGGUCGCUGGCUAAGUCCCUCUUCCUCGAGCCCGGAGAUUCUGAGCCGAACGGUCCGCGGCGGGUCGAGAUGAAGUCGAGGUUAUUCAAUCUGGUGUACGACGUGAUGAUGGGGUUGGUGGCCACGGCCCUCGAGGAGUCCGCGGAGGACAGGCAUCGUUUCCGGGAGAUAGUGGAGGAGACGUCUGCGGUGAGCGGGGCGGCAAACGUGGCGGACUUCUUUCCGGUGCUGCAGAGGCUGGGGUGGCGCGGGCCGGAGAGGAAACUCGCGAGGCUCGUGCAGAAGAGAGACGCACUAAUCGGACAACUGAUCGAGCGUCAUCGUGCCCGCCGGCGUCGGAGUGGCAGCAACGGAGAUAAGGAGAGACCAACGAUGAUCGAGGUUAUGUUGUCCCUACAGGAGAGCGAUCCGGAAACUUACACCGACGUCACCAUUAAGGCCCUCAGUGCGGAAUUACUGGGAGCAGCAACAGACACGACGGCCUCCACCAUGGAAUGGGCCAUGUGCCUCCUGCUCAUCCACCCCGAAGUCCUGCACGCGGCGAGGGCUGAACUCGAUGCCAAGAUCGGCCAAGGGCGCAUGGCGGAAGAAAAAGACAUCCCAAACCUCCCCUAUCUCAACUGCAUCAUCAAUGAGACCCUCCGGCUGUACCCCGCUGUGCCGCUCCUGGUGCCCCAUGAGUCUUCCCAGCACUGCACCGUCGGUGGCUACGACGUGCCUCGCGGCACGAUGCUUUUGGCGAACGCGUGGGCUAUCCACAGGGACCCUAACACAUGGGACGAGCCUGAGGAGUUCAAGCCGGAGAGGUUCCAGUGUGAGGGAGGGAAGGAGGCAGGGCUUAGGAUGCUUCCGUUCGGGUCCGGGCGGCGCAAGUGCCCCGGGGAAGGCCUCGCCAUGCGACUGAUCGGCCUGGCACUCGCGACCUUGAUCCACUGUUUCGAGUGGGAGAAGCUUCCGGGGGAGGAGGUGGACAUGACCGAGGGGCCGGGGCUAACCAUGCCCAAGGCAAAGCCAUUGGAAGUCGUGUGCACGCCACGCCACACCAUGCUUCAUGCUCUUUCACAGCUCUGAGAGUUGGCAUACAGUGUGGCUAAUACGUACGUUCCUCCGGUUAAAAAGCUGCUUGUGGGUUCGUUGUCUGAUACCUGUGCUUUAGUAGUUAUCGUCCCCUUCGCUCGUGUCGGUUGGCGUCUUCCCUGUGUUUGUCGCCUAAUGAAUAAUUUACACGCUGAGAUAGGUAUGUCCAUCUCUU